AUGUCAUGGCCGCUCCCUGCUGGUCGUUCCGUUGCACUACAGUCAGCUGACUUUGAAUUUCGGUACCAUCUUUUUGGUCCGAAUGGCGAACCGAGCAUCUCAGACAUUCCUGGGGGUUCUCAUGAUGAUCUGCAGCCGGCAGGGAUGGCGGCGGCUGAACACCAGGUGAUUGACAGUGCGGCCAAUCCAACGGUCACCACCAUGGGAUCAAUCAACUCCAACGUCGACGGAACUGUCUCCAUCGCGGGUGUCGUCGAUGCCAACGCUGCCGACGCUGACAUCGUAGAUGGCAGCGUGACCGUCAUAGCCACUGUCGACGACAAGAAUACCGUCACCAACGUUAGUCCUGACACCGACACAGUCAUCGACCUCAGUCGUGAUGCCGUCGAUGGCCGGGACCAAGCGCCCACUCGCUGCAUGCAGGCCGAAUAUGUGCCCCCUUCGCAUGACGAGUUGUCUUCGGCACCGUUGCCUCAAUCUUCAGCCAUUGACACAGAGUACAAGCCGUCAACCGCGCUCGAAACACAAUUGACACCAUCUCCGAGUUCCUACGGAGACGGUAGAUUACUCGAACGUGGUAUACCCUCUCAUCCGGUGACAGCGCCUCUUUCUGGGCAGUUCGGAGAGGCGAAUCAGUUUCCUGACCAGUCCAUUGUUGGUUCACUGCCCCAGAAUCAGGACUUGUCCGGUGAUAUGCCUCCUAUGACGUUGUCGCUUGAAGCGAAGUUCCCCAUGCACCAACCCAGUCGUCCAACUCUUGGAGAGGAAAAUAACGCACCUCAGAGCUCUCAGGUGGGAUUCGCCAUGUCAAAUGACCCCGGUGAACUUUGUACACGAUAUGCACCGACCUUCGCGAGGAGCACCCGCGAGUCAGAAAUCCAACCUUCUUCUCCUUCGUGUUCAUUUCCUCCAGCGCCGCAGCUGAAGGGCGAUGCCGAUCCGUCUGGAGGGUCUCGAAUGUUUAGAGAUUCAAUGACAUCAACUCUUCCCAAAUCUGAGGUUGGACCGUCAUCUGCCUCCCCUCCGUGGACACCUCCCCUUGUUCCGGACACAGGAACGUCUCUCCUAUGGCCUACGCUACCUGGUGACCCAGUCGAUCGGGGGGACAUGUCCCAUGGAACGGAGUCUGACCCCCGUGUCUCGCUUACACACGUACUGGGAGAGGAACUUCGGUCGGUCCCAGCCCCAGGCAAGGAACCACGAUUCCCCCCAUUUAGUGAUCCUUCGGAGAUCCCUAAGCCUCUACGUAGCGACAUGCCGUCUUCUUUGGGUGUGGACGAAGAACUGCCGUUAAUAUCCUUUGAUGAGCCGGCAGCUGCAGGCAAGGGGCCACGAUUUCCUCCAUUUAGCGAGACUUUGGAGAUUUCUAAGCCUCUGCGUAGCGACGUGUCAUAUACCUUGGACGUGGACGAUGGACUGCCGUUAAUAUCCUUUGACGAGCCGGUCAUAGAGCUGCCCAUCGCAAACGAGCGGUCAUUGACAUCGGAAGGCGGAGGGUUUCAACCGGGUAUUUCUGAAACUCGAUCACCCACCGUCGAGUCCUGUUAUCAAGAUGAUAGGUCCAAAACCCCGGCCUGGACUGGUUUGCGCGGUCAACUGCUUGCGCUCUCUCUCGAGCUAAACGGCGUACUGCCCAAGUGGACUCAUGCGAGCAAAUCUCCUCCCCGUUCACCAACCGUUGACGUACAGAAUGAUUCAAGUCCAGGUGACGACGGAGAGUCUAGUGUACUAUGUGAUCCGCUCACGAAACGAACUGUAAAAUACUCGGACGACGUGACACUUUCACAAAAUACUUAUGAAAGUAUGCUGACAAGGUCACCAUUCAAUGGGUUGGACUCGUGGGAGCCAUAUGGUGGCAUGCAGGAGUCUCAGAUUACAAGUAUCGAAGAAGGUGCACUGUUGAACGGAAUCACUAAUGAAGCAGACUUCCCAUCCUGGGCUGGACUCUGUGAUCAUGUGGGAUUCACGAGUAACGUGGAUGAUGUUGAGAUGGACGAUGUCAAGAUGCACGACAAGCAUACCUCGAACAGCGACAUAAUGGUACAAGACGUCAUUGAUGCAAAAGCACUGCACAAGCAAUACAAACCGGUGGGCUUGAAUCCCUGGACUGGUGGAGAUCUUCCGGCCCACAUGAAUGAUGCUAUGGAGUACCGAAAUUCCGUUUCAGUCACCAGCGAGCGCGCAUAUCAUUCUUCGUCUGCGUUAGUGGAUGUCUCGGCAUGGAAUGGAAUCGUUCUUCACACAGCUUUCCAGCAACAUACUCAGUGUCGAGCACAAAAACAUUUUAAUGGUGAAUUUCCUAGCUGGAUAGGGAUCGGUAAUUGGCUUAAAACUGAUGCCUUACCUCGACUGGUCGAUAAUACAUCCGAUGUGCACAUCAGUUUUCCAGAGUGGAAUGGAUUUGACAGCCAGGUGCAGGUUUCAAGCAGAGAGACCUGUCCGGAUAACGAAGUUUCAUAUCAACACCGCCGUCAAAGUGGGGGUAUAGCCAUUCACCCGCAGAUGGGGUUUACACCUGAAGUUGCGAUAUCUACAUCUCGGCAAUGUGAGGAGAGCGACGGCUAUAUUCGCCCUCCUUCACCGAAAGAUAUCGAGAUGAAAGAUGCUGCAGUACCUGAGGACGAUGGUUCAGACGGGACAGCGCAGAGAACCGCGGAGCAACGUGACAGCAACCACCAGAGUGGAACGGCUCACGUAGACGACAUCCUGCGGGAAAUGCAGCAGAUGGAAGGACGUAUCACCACGAGGAUGAAUGCGGCGGUGAACGCAGCGCUGUCCCAAAGCUAUCCACCGCCGUUCAUCUUCCCUGGGCUCUCGGGUGCCACUCCGUCUGUCGGCGCUGGGCAAGGUUCGGAAUCUCAAUCUCAGGCCGCAAGUAGUCGACAUUACUUUCAACAGGCCAGUGCCGCCCCGGCUGCCUCGUAUAAGGCACGAAAGCUUAUCAAAGGAUUGAAGCUCGGGGGACGAGUUUCUGAACACAAACCUGUACAGACCAACAUCCUCAAGAACGAUGUGCGUGAAUUCGCGAUGCGUAUUUUAGAUCGUGAAAAUGCGGAAUCCCCAUUCCCUGACCCUCCAACCAAGACCGAAUUGGAGGACUUUGGCGAAACCGGAAUCGGAGGACCUACGGUCGAUGAUUUCCGCAUAGAUUUCAUCGGCAGUAGGAAAUCACGAUGGAAUCUACUCGCAGCUGAAAUCUUCGCUGAUGAGUUCCUCGCUUGCUCGUGGUACAGUUGUGAAGAUAUCGAGACAAUCCGCGAUGCAUUCAUUGUGCACCUUAAACAACUAAAGAAUCAAUACGAAGACUUGCGUGACCGAAAAGGUGAAGACCCUAGCUCCAAGAAGUUAGAGCGACAGAGCAAGAGCGAUCGCAACAGGCGGCGGAUCACGUUGCACGAACGUCGUGUGGAUGCAUGUUAUAAUCAUCCAGAUCUUGCAAGGUUCAUUGACGUCCUUGAAUUUAUGGGCAAGGAUGGCAUGAGUGGCGAUGAAUCCGACCAUUGUGGAGGGCACCGCGGAGGUCAACGACGAUACACUAUUGAAGAGCACCAUCUCAUGGGUUUGAAGGAGACCCAUAUCGCCCAUGGGGUGGUGCUCCGCCCACCUUUCCUAUCUGCCACAUGUACAGAGGCCUUGCGGGCGGUAGGUAGCGCGAGCUCAAAGGAGACCUCUAUCGCUCGCGCUGCCUGCGGCCUGCUCUCUGUCGCCGGCUUUUGCCUCGGAAUUGGCCAGCAUGAUGGGCUCCAAUGUUGCACAGGCCCCAGCAACGCCGCCAUGCCUUUGACGGGUGGUUUGGACUAUCGAGGGGAGGUGUUCAUGAGAGAGCGUUUGGAGGCAGUCUGGAAGGCGGAAGUGGGCAGGACCGAGGGGCCGGACCACGCUACUCCUGUUAUUGUUGUGCGGGGCCCAAACAGCCUGAGUGACGGCUCUUGUGCACGGGAUAUAUCCAACACAACCCCUGCUGCUCGUGAAUGCGCAGAUUCAGAAACCAACCUCGAUGCCACCCUCGGGGGAGUCGGCCCUUGCCGCACUGCACGCCGACGAGAUUACGUUGGGAAGAGGGAUGUUACUCGCGCUGUGGCUCGUGCCAACAAGAAAAAGGAAAGUGGCAUGCGCGUGCAGAGUACGACCUCCCUGGCUCAGAGGAAGAUGCCCGGAGGUUACAUCGGGAGCCGCGUCAAAUCAGAGCGCCCACUCCGGCCAGAAGUCAUCGAGUGCGCCAAUGGCAUGGCUGCAUACAUCUGUGACUCUGAAGGGCGGCUCGUCAUCUACCGCUCCUUCACAGGGCCGGCCACCUUCCACGCCAACUCUGUGGCAAUAGCCGCUGUAGAGUAUUUGCAACAGAGUGGCAUCAAGCCGACGUAUUCCGGCUCCAGUCGGGGAAACUUCCUCCAGUAUUAUUUCACCUUGCACCGGGACAAUCAGGUGAGGCCUCGCAUGUCUCUUUACUACCUCAAGCACAUCGACGUGGUGCACGAGCUUGGAAAACUCCUGCAGCCAGUGAUCGCACUCGUAAACGGUAUAUUCAAGUCUCAAUUUCCUGCUCUAUAUGCGCAUUACGCGGCCACUCUCGACUACGUUCUGCGGCAGGAUGUGGGCUUGGAGGCCCUAUUCUGCCCUUUUACUUCAUUUGCCUUCAACGUCGGCGCUGUGGUCACUUUGCCUCACCUCGACUCCACCAACUAUGGCCCUGGCUUGUGCUGUAUUAUGCCAUACGGAACCUUCGAUCCUUCGCAAGAUUGCCGAAUUGGCAUUGCAGAACUUGGUUAUGAGAUCGAGGUGGGCCCCGGCGUGCCCGUGUUCAUCCCAUCGGCCUUGUUUACCCACUACAAUACCCUUCUCAUCUCCAAGGGGAUGCGAGGUUCUCUUGUGUUUUGGACCGGUGGCUCGAUUUUUCAGUGGGUUGAACUGGGUGGUCGGAUGGUCUCUGACCUUUCAGAAGCUGAGCGUGAGGCGUACGUCAAUGGUGCAGCCGCUCGAAUCUUAGCUGCUCUUGCGAGGUUCCCUAUGCAUAUGUAG